AUGAGAUUUAUAAUAUUACUUUCGAUUCUAUUUAUUGUUAGUACUGUUGUACAAGGAUUUGAAAUUCGUUCAACUCCCAAUGAUUUGAUUCUCAACUCUGCUACCAAAGAGGGAGUUUCAAAAAUGAUGAUAAUCAACAUCAAUACAGGUCUCUAUAACACUGGUAGAGGAUUUGGAAACAGAUUAAGUGAUGCCGAUCUUAGUCAAUUGAAUUCUUUUGAUAUUGGAUCUUUGAAUCCUCUCAACUACUAUGGAGGUGCUAAUCCACCCACCGUUACUGCCACUUGGGUGGUUGCAGGAAAAUAUAUCCAAUUCGACCCAACUAGAACUGAUCUACCUAAAGUUUGUUAUUUGUUGGUAACUUUAUUACAAAAGUAUCAAUAA